AUGCUCUUUGUCACGUUUCUGUUCAGUUGCGUUUUCUUUUAUUUCCAGUGCCCAGCCUCAACGGCCAUCACACUCGUUAAUGUCACUGUCGACGACCAGUUCGGCGAUCCUUACACUCAUUCUCAAAUCUUAUAUACACCCACUGAAGCCUGGAGCAUUGCACCUGACUGUGAUUAUUGCCCGGACCAUUCAGCUCUAUCUACAAACCAAGCCUAUAAUCGCACAUGGCAUGAAUCGUAUUUUUCUUCCAGCUUAGAUAGUGGGGCGUUGAGACCUGGUACUUCUCGUUAUGCAUCAUUCCAAUUUAUGGGUAAAUGUCAAAUACCCAACAUUCUUGGGACCGCAGUCUAUGUUAUCUGUAUUGUUCCACCUUCGACCAAUAUCACAACUCAGAUGAAUUUCUUCAUAGACGGAGAUGCAGUAGGAUCAUACCCUCCAAUGUCUGCUACUGUAGACGAGUGGCAAUAUGACGUUGUUGUUUACCGCAAUACCUCACUCUCAACGGCGGGUCACCAGUUGCUUAUACAGAGCGGCGAGGAAGAUGGUAAGGACGCCAUCAUAUUACUUGAUUCCAUAAUAUAUACAACACACAAUACUAUUGACUCUUCCAUAGACGGUGUCUCUCACAACAACGCUGCGCCCGGAUCGAAAAGAGUUCCUCUAGCGCCAGUUAUCGGAGGAACGGUUGGCGGUUUUGUCCUGAUUUUGCUAUGCGGGGUGUUUUUCUUUCUCCACCAACGCAGACAAAAAUCCCUUCCUGCAGCUGUCGAAACUGCCAGCCCCCCUUGGAAGAGGUUGCUAAGUCCUUUCAACAAACACUCACAAAAAACACAUAUGUCGCUAGAUACUCCGGCAUUAACACGCCCAGUGGUCCCGCAUUCGAGUUCCAGCUCUCAGAACGAUCGUCGUAUCCAGUCUAUCUUGGCAUGGCAGAAGAACACACAGCAAGGGACUAGGGCACUUGAUCUUGCACCGCCGGACAUGUCUGAAGAACUGUCCAGUUAUUAUGAGGAUGCCACCACGACAGAAAGUCGACGAGUACGCACACCACCACCCCCACCAAGGCGAUACAUUAUCACAAACAAAUGA